CGGCCCGGCCCGGCAUGGCGGGGCAGCCAGAACCUGAGCCCGGAGGAAGCGUGGCUGAGAUUCCCUGCUCCGUUCGGGUCUUUUAGAAGAGACAAUCCCAUAUGAAGAUGGGACUACUGGUGUUCAUGCGUAACCUGCUACUUGCCCUCUGUCUCUUUCUGGUGUUGGGCUUUCUCUAUUACUCAGCUUGGAAACUGCAUCUUCUCCGAUGGGAGGAUUCAAAUUCAGUGGUUCUUUCCUCUGACUCCGUUGGACAUUCAAUAGGCUCAGGAAGGAGAGAGGGAAAAUCCACAUCUCUUGUGCCUCUGUCAUCUCUCCCAUCACACCUUGCUGCCGAGUUGGGAACAGGCAAAGCUCAGAAAGAACCUGUGGCUGUUCCACACCCAGUCACUCCUAAAUAUGACAAACUGGGCUUUCUUCUGAAGUUGGACUCCAAAUUGCCUCCAGAGCUAGCAUCAAAGUAUGCUAACAUCUCAGAAGGAGUUUGCAAGCCUGGAUAUGCAUCUGCUCUCAUGACUGCCAUCUUUCCAAAGUUCUCCAGGCCAGCACCUAUGUUCUUGGAUGAUUCCUUCAGAAAGUGGGCACGUAUUCGGGACUUCGUGCCUCCCUUUGGAGUCAAAGGACAAGAUAAUCUGAUCAAAGCCAUCCUGUCAGUAACCAAAGAUUACCGUCUUACUCCAGCCCUUGACAGUCUCAGUUGCCGGCGAUGUAUUAUUGUGGGAAAUGGUGGCAUUCUAGCAAACAAAUCUUUGGGGUUGAAAAUUGAUGACUAUGACAUUGUUAUCAGGCUGAACUCUGCUCCAGUAAAAGGUUUUGAAAAGGAUGUGGGUGGCAAGACAACCCUGCGGAUAACAUAUCCAGAAGGGGCCAUCCAGAAACCGGAACAAUAUGAAAAGGAUUCUCUCUUUGUGCUAGCAGGGUUCAAAUGGCAAGAUUUCAAGUGGCUGAAGUACAUUGUUUACAAGGAGAAAGUGAGUGCCUCAGAUGGGUUUUGGAAGUCUGUGGCUACCCAAGUUCCAAGAGAGCCUCAUGAGAUCCGUAUCCUGAACCCAUAUUUCAUCCAGGAGGCAGCUUUCAGCUUUAUUGGCCUUCCUUUCAACAAUGGACUGAUGGGCAGAGGGAACAUUCCUACUUUGGGAAGUGUAGCAAUAACCAUGGUACUCCACAAUUGUGAUGAAGUAGCAGUGGCUGGAUUUGGUUAUGAUAUGAACUCUCCAAACGCACCAUUGCAUUACUAUGAGAACAUCAAGAUGUCUGCUAUCAAAGAGUCCUGGACGCACAACAUCCAGCGGGAGAAGGAGUUCCUGCGAAAGUUGGUGAAAGCUCGAGUCAUCACAGACCUCACCAGCGGAAUCUGAGGAGGCACAGCCACUGUGCUGAAGGGCACGGCCACACGCAUACAGCUGAGGACAAGGGGAGGAAGAGGUCCCUGGCAAGGAUCCCAGCUCCUUAGAGACGCA